AUGGACCGGACAACCGAACAGUUUGAAGAGGCAUCAUGGAAAAUGAUGCAUGGGGACAUUUAUGAAGGAGCAUCUGAAUACUACGACAUAACUCAACAGUUUUUGGAUGCCUUUCAGAUUCUCGAACUUGACUCUUUCGAAUCGCUGAAACAACCUGAAAUUCCAUGUCCUUCCCAGAUCAACUUUACCAGUGUGAAGGGUGUUUUCAAGGUUGCAAAAUUUGUCAUGAUUCACAACCACCCUCCUCCAAUAACCUCAAUGAAAGCCGAAAUUGACUCCUCAACAUUCCCAGCUUUCAUUGACUGCAGUGACAAAUUUCGUGAAGCGUUUCCUGGUAUGUCUGCAGGGUCUUACAUGGAAUUUACCAACCGCCUAAAAGGCUUCGAAAAGGCAACAGGGUCGGUUUACAUAAAAUAUUCCAGUGGUUUGUUUGGCGACACUGAAGACCACCAACAAACCAUAUGCAAAUACAAGAAAUUGCGCUACGUUUGUGUCCACUAUGGUUCGCGCCGGAGUGAGCCCAUACGGCGGCGAAACCAGCACACCACGAAGAUAGGCUGUGGAAGCUGCUUCUCUGUGAAGUAUGCCAACGGCCGGCUGCACAUAGUGAGUUAUGAUAUGCGCCACUGCCAUCCAGUCGAUCCUGAGUCUGCAAUGCUCUAUCCUCACAACCGCCGUUUAACGCCUGUUGAAACGGCUGAAAUCGAGCAACUUCUCGCUUACAAUCCCAAUAUGGGAGAUCUCAAGCACCAUAUUAAAGAAAAAUACGGAAAAAUCUGUACCACGCGAGAUAUCAUCAACAUGCGGUUUCGUCGGAAAAAGCGCCUUGAGAAUGCAGCAAUGUCCAGGGUGAAAGCCGGUGAUGCUUUUGACGAAAAUGAUGCCCACCCGUCGUCGUCGUCGUCGUUGUCGGACCCGCCGACAGCCUCUAACCUCGAGUCCCUCGUCGACAUCUGCUGUCAGCAGCAGCAGCAGCAGCAUCAGCAGCCCGAAGGCUCCCCUGACGCCUCGUUUCCUCCGCCCAGUCUCACGCCCGUGUUGCACGACAUCCAGCAGCUCGCCGAGGCUGCUCCCGUGGCCGAAGUGAUGGGCUUCCACUCGGUUCUGCGAAACCUCGCAAACGCUUGGCGAAGGGGCCAACAACCAAUUGUAAUUAUUCCCAAAAACGAUUUAGCCAGGAGAGAGAAGGAUGACUAA